AUGGGACACUGGUGUCCCGAGUGGGUCCCGGGGCCAUUCCCGGCGACGCGGCGUCGAGGACCGGAGCGUGCAGUGAUCGAACUCGUCCCCAAAGAACUCUUCUUCACCAAGGGUGUCGGCAAGCAUCGCGAGAAGCUCACGUCGUUCGAGUUGGCCCUCCGGGCGGCGGGCAUUGCCGCGUGCAAUCUGGUCCGUGUGUCCAGCAUCUUCCCUCCGGGUUGCAAGAUUCUGACCAAGGCGGAUGGCGUCAGACGGCUGAAACCGGGUCAGGUCACCUUCGUGGUGAUGUCAGACGCGGCGACGCGCGAGGCUCACCGGCUUAUCGCCGCGACCAUCGGUGUGGCGAUUCCCCGCGACAGGAAAUUGUUCGGCUAUCUCUCUGAGCACCAUAGCUUUGGAGAGAACGAAGAGACGGCAGGGGACUACGCGGAGGAACUGGCGGCGGAAAUGCUGGCGACCACCCUCGGACUCGAUUUCGAUCCGGACAAGAGCUGGGACGAGAAAAAGGAAGUGUACAGGCUCUCGACCCAGAUCGUGCGGACCCAGAACGUCACCCAGACCGCCGUCGGCGACAAGAACGGUCUCUGGACCACCGUCAUCGCGGCCGCCGUGCUCGUCGGUUGA